CUUCAAUAACAAAAUCAUUCCUCUUCAGAUUCAUUCGAUUCAUUCCACAAUUAAUUAUCCUCAUAAAACGUUUAUAAGAAUGUCGAGCCAUGAAUCUUUUGUUCAACUCAAUGAUGGUCACAAGGUUCCUCGAAUCGCUUAUGGUAGUGGUACAGCUUGGUUCGAAAAGAGUGGUCCGGAUGGAAUCAAUUCAGAACUUCGUGAUGCGACUUUAACUGCUUUACGUUGUGGUUAUACUCAUCUUGAUACUGCAAAGGUUUAUGGAAAUGAAAGAAGUACUGGAGCUGCAAUUGAAGCUUGUGGUAUGAAACGAGAUCAACUCUAUAUUACUACAAAGAUCAUGAGUCAAAUGACCAAAAUCAAAGAAACUUUAAAAGUUCAAUUAAGUGAUCUUAAAAUAGAUUAUGUAGAUUUAUAUCUAAUUCAUAGUUCUACUUUUGUUUCUGAAGCUGGUGCUCCUACCUUACAAGAAGCUUGGAAAGUCAUGGAAGAAAUUCAAUCUGAAGGUUUAGCUAAAAGUAUUGGAGUUAGUAAUUAUAGGAUUAAUGAUUUGAAAGAAACUUUAAAGAAUGCUAAGGUUAAACCUGCGGUGAAUCAAAUUGAAUUUCAUCCUUAUGUUUGGACUGAAGCAGAACCAUUAUUAAAAUUCAUGAAGGAAGAGGGAAUUGCUUUGGCUGCUUACGGUCCACAAGUUCCAGUAGUCAAAAAAGCAGGAGGAAAAGCAGACCCAAUCUUAGAAAGAAUCUCCAAAGAACGUAAUCUAACAACCGGUCAAGUUUUACUCAAGUGGGCUAAAGCUCAUAAUGCGAUUGUAGUCACUACGAGUGGAAAAGAAGAACGAAUGAAAUUAAAUUUAGAAGCUGUGAUGAAAAGUCAAGAAGAUUUAUCUAAUGAAGAAAUCGAAGAGAUCAAUAAGGCUGGAAAAGAGAAUGGAGUUCAGAGAGCGUUUAUGCAGCAUAUGAGUCAAUAAACUUCAACCAUUGAACCAAGUUGUUGUGAUGAGUUCCUUUUUAUCAAAAUCCUGGUCUACCAUUUUCAAAAUUCGUCUUGAUUCUUAUCAUCAUGAUAUAGCGUAUAUAUAUGAAGUGAACCUCCUGUGCUCCUAUCAUCAGCUGACAUCUUGUAAUUUUUCAUAUAUUGAUCAUCUAUCACCGUCUUAGAUUUUGUGUCUUUGUUAGCAAGUGUGAUGGUUUCAAUAUCGUUUUUAUUACUGCCCCUUGUAAAGAAAUCUGGACUGUGUUGAUGUUGAAUGUGAUAUUGACAUUGAGGACAGC